UCUUGAUCCAGGGUCAAUCACCGUUUUCUUCUGUGCAACCAACAGCCACGACACAAGAAAAUGUCCAAUAUGAAGGAGAAGGAGGGAAAAGGCCCAAGCCCCCAUGGUUUUCAAGUGCUAGCGGGCACUGUUUCACGCCAGACAGUCGCUGGAUUCCAGAGCGGGCCAUUCCGCCAGCCUAUCGACAUCACCUACCCCUUACCACCCUCGUCAGGUGAAUGUCUUGCCUUUCCAAACCCGCCAAAUAUGCCAUGCACUCUGCCUGACCUCGAUUCGCCCACCAUCAUGUUUGCACCGCAUUUCCAUGAUGAUGCCUUUGAGGCUGCCCUUUACCCCCCACCCAUGGUCACCCAUUUUAUGCUUAACCGGCUUGCCGAAGUGUCGAAGGUACUGACGGACACCCUGGUCAGUGCUCAUCGCGGUCGUUUCUCCGACAUUGAGACAACUACGCUGCGUAUGCAUCUCUUCAACGCUCACCUCAUACUCCACUAUGUACGGGAUGUUGCUGUGCAUGCUGACUACGUUCAGGAUAACGAGUCAGGAGUAGAGGUUGAUAAUGGUGCUAGACCAUGACAUGUAGAUGUUGCGAAUGAAAAGCUGUUGGUUUGGUGCGGUGGUAAUCA